UAAAUAUUAAUUAUUUCACACAUUUUGUUGAUGAGUGAUUUUUCUCUUUCUUCUCAAACCAAAUAAAACCAUACGCCGGAGCAACCGCCGUGAGCUCCGGCAAUGCUCAUCCAAACUACAAUUCGCCAGUAAAACACUCAUUUCUCAGUGAUGGGGAUAUCAUGGGACGACGUCGUUGUGAUCCAGCAUGCGAAGGACUCAAACGAACCAUCCAUUGUUACUGUCAAUUGCCCCGACAAAGCUGGUCUUGGCUGUGAUCUUUGCAGAAUCAUCCUUGAAUUCGGUCUUCGCAUUACUAGAGCUGACAUUUCAACCGAUGGAAGAUGGUGCUACAUAGUAUUUUGGGUUAUUCCUCAUCCUGCAUCACUCAAAGUUGAUUGGGAAAGCUUGAAGACAAGGCUUCUUUCGCCUUGUCCUUCAUGUUUGUUUUCCUAUCAUUUCAAUCAACAAUCGAAUAAUCCUUCCCCACCUCCAAUUUACCUGUUGAAGGUUUGGAUUAUUGAUCAGAAAGGAUUACUACAUGAUAUUAAUGAAAUCUUGUGUAACCUUCAACUUACUAUUCAGAGAGUUAAAGUGAUGCCAACACCUGAUGGAAGGGCCCUAGACUUGUUCUUUAUCACUGAUGGAAUGGAACUUUUUCAUACAAAAAAGAGGCGAGACGAUGUAUGUGAAUAUCUUAAGGAAGCUUUAGGAGAGAGGUGUAUCUCGAGUGAACUUCAGUUAGCUGGUCCUGAAUACGGACAUUUGCAGGGUUUUUCUUCUCUUCCACCAGCUUUUUCUGAAGAAUUAUUCGGCCCUGAGUUGUUAGACAAAGUGUCUUUGCAUCCUCUAAGUCAAGACAUGACAACACUGAAGAAACCAACAGUUACAGUUGAUAAUUCGUUGAGUCCGGCUCACACCUUGCUUCAGAUACAGUGUGUUGAUCAGAAAGGCUUGUGUUAUGACAUUAUGAGGAUUUCUAAGGAUUCUGAUAUUAAGGUUGCUUAUGGUAGAUUCACUUCAAGUGUGAAAGGCUUUCAAAACAUUGACUUAUUUGUUCAGCAAAAAGAAGACGGGAAAAAGAUCAUAGAUCCCGAACGUCAGAAAACUCUGUGUUCGUGCUUAAAAGAAGAGAUGCUUCAUCCUUUGCGGGUGAUUAUAGUGAACCGCGGUCCAGAUAUCGAACUACUGGUUGCCAAUCCCGUAGAACUAUCCGGAACGGGAAGGCCUCGAGUUUUCUAUGAUGUUACAUUGGCCUUAAAAGCAUUGGGAGUAUUCAUUUUCUCGGCCGAAGUUGUUAGACAUUCGACACAAGAACGCCAAUGGGAAGUGUACAGGUUUUUGUUGGACGAAAGCCGAGAAUUUCCAUUGAACAGCAGCAAAGCAAGAAGUCAGAUUGUGGACAAAGUUAGAAGAACAUUGAUGGGUUGGUAAAUCUGGUUUUCAUUUCAUAUCAGAUAAGAAAACACUGUUUAAGUAUUUGUUCUGGUGUCCCUUUUUCCUACCUUCCCUUUUAAAACCAUACCAACUUGGUUUAGUGUUUAAAUUUGGUUUAGGUAGUAGUUAUCUAACUAAUGACAAUCAUGUAAAUUUGGCAUUGUGAUAGAUGAUUUUAUGUUUCUUUUCUUUGGCUUUAGUGAAAAUUUAUUUCUA